AUGGCCUCGUCACGAGACAAGGACGAGGUCGCAUCCUCCCUCUCCAAGCUCAACAUCGACGUAGCAGCCACUAAGAAACCUGCCGCGUCCAAGCAAAAACCAGCAGAGGUCGCCGACUCGUGGGAAGACGAGGAAGACGAGGAGGACUCGCCUUCAGAAGAUGCGGCGCCCCGUGCCUCCGGCACCACCACCACCAUCACCACCACAGCCGACGACGACCUCGACGACGACGACGACGAACCGGACACGCCCUCCGCAUCCCGCACCCGCGUCCCCUCCCCGCCGCCACCCACCCCCAUGGACCCGCGGCACACCCCCGUCCCCGACUGGGACUCGUCGGCCUUCCGCGGCGGCGGCGGCAUCGGCGCCGACUGGCCCUCCUCCCCGUCGUCCUCCUCGGCCUCGUCCUCGGCGCGGGACCUGCCCCCCUCGCGCCGCCCGGAAAAGACCGACGCCGUGGCCCGCCGCAUGAUCGCCGCGGGGCUGGGCCUCAAGGCGCCCCGCCAGACGGAGGAGCAAAAGGCCUACCAGCGGUCCAUCCGGGAGCAGGAGCGCAAGCGGCGCGAGCAGGAGCGGGAGCAGGAGAAGCGCCGGCAGGAGGAGGUGGAACGGGCCAAGGCCGCCGUGUGGGACGACUGA